CCCCCACCAGAGGAGGAGGAUCCCAGGGUGAAGUGCAAGGACUGCGGAGCCUUUGGGCACAACAGAAGAAGUACCAGGUGCCCCAUGAAGUGUUGGCAAGGGCACCACAGACCUCACCUGAAUACCGCUCAGCCCUGCACUGUGGCCCAUCGCCCAGCACUGAAGCGUGUCCCAGGCCAGCCCCUCAGAAUGCUCUUCAGGAGAUUAGACAAUGGCUGGUGGAGCUCCAGACUCCUGACUGCUCCCUCCUGCCUUCCAGCUGAGAAGCCAAGCCCUCCCGGGCAGAGCCCUCUCACACAAGAGACGUCUGAGGGACACUGUGCCCAAGUCCCACUGAGUGUCCUGGAGAAUGACCUCCAGGUUUCCUCUUCCUUGGAAGAGAGUGACUCGGAGUCAGGGAACAGAGUGAGGACGCCCCGCCCGGGAGGAACACACCUUCCCGCGGGGCGUCGCGAUGUGAACCCCCGGGACGGGAUGUGGACACAGGACCCGGCGUCACGGGAGCCCCUGGUGGAAUCCCCGCACGGACACGGCCUCCCUGAGGGAGCGAAGGGCGGGCUUGCGGACCGCGGGGUGUACAGGGGAGACCCCGUGGAGACAGGAAGACAAAGAACGGAGAGCAAACCGGCUCGGACCGAUUUUAAGCGGAAACGGAUGCGCCCACAGAACCAGCAGCAGAACUACCCGGGGGCCUCUCGCGGCCCCACGGAGCUCCUCGCGGGGCCGCGCGUGCGCGGAUUGUUACGUCCCGGCGUCCGGACUGCGCAUGUGGAGGGCGGGGCGAUGGGGCCCUGA